CCUAUCCGCCGCUUUUGAAAGCUUCUUCUCCUCUGCUUCAAACUCGAACUGAACCUUUCUCUGACUGAUUCAAUGGGCAAGGCGAAGUUUAAACCUGCGGAUGAUGUGAAACCGGAAGUGGAAGAAGCUGAGGAAGUUGAAGAACAGAGAGACGGCGGAGAAGUAGCAGAAGAAGAAGAAGAAGAGAAAGAGAAGAGCUUUGAGGAGCUAGGGCUUGACCCUCGUCUCAUUCGCGCUUUAUCUAAAAAGGGUAUAGAGAAGCCAACUCCUAUUCAGCAAACAGCCAUUCCUUACAUCCUGGAAGGGAAAGAUGUGGUUGCUAGAGCUAAGACUGGCUCAGGGAAGACCUUAGCUUACCUUCUUCCCUUGCUUCAGAAGCUGUUUUCAGACUCUGGGAGGAAGAAGAAGCCUGCUCCUUGUGCUUUUGUUCUCGUUCCUUCUCGAGAGUUGUGUCAGCAAGUCUACACGGAGGUUUCUUGGCUUAUUGAGCUGUGUCGUGUUCAGAUUAAAGCUGUGCAGUUGACUAGUAGCAUGCCUGUUUCUGAUAUGCGUAACGCGUUGGCUGGCUUGCCUGAGAUUCUUGUCACCACACCUGCUUGUAUUCCUAAGUGUUUUGCAGAUGGAGUUUUAGAUCCCGCAGCUAUCAGUGAAUCGCUUGAGAUUUUGGUUCUUGAUGAGGCAGAUCUUUUGUUGUCCUAUGGGUAUGAAGACAAUCUAAGGUCGGUAACGUCAAUAGUUCCAAGACGUUGCCAAUGCCUACUUAUGUCUGCUACCACAAGUUCUGAUGUUGAGAAAUUGAAGAAAUUGAUUCUGCACAACCCGGUAGUCUUGACCUUGCAAGAAGGUUCUGACAAGGAAGAGCCCGUCCCAAGUAAUGUUCAGCAGUUUUGGAUUUCUUGCAGUGCUCAGGAUAAACUACUACACAUUCUUGCUCUCCUGAAGCUAGAGGUUGUUCAGAAGAAAGUUCUGAUAUUCAUCAAUACUAUUGACAUGGGUUUCAAGCUGAAGCUAUUCUUGGAAAAGUUUGGAAUCAAAACUGCAAUUUUAAACGGGGAGCUGCCUCAGAAUUCUCGGCUUCAUAUCCUUGAGCAAUUCAAUGCAGGUCUAUUUGAUUAUUUGAUUGCAACGGAUGAUAAUAACCAGACUAAAGAAAAGGAAGAGGUUAAAGGUGAUGAUAACAAGGAUAAUAAGAAAAACAAAAGGCGUUUCAAACCGAAGCUGGACGCUGAGUUUGGUGUAGUCAGAGGAAUUGACUUCAAAAAAGUUCACACAGUCAUAAACUAUGACAUGCCUCAAAGUGUGACAGGAUACAUUCAUCGAAUUGGACGUACUGGGAGAGCAUAUAGCAGCGGUUCUUCCGUUUCUCUUGUUUCUCCUAAUGAGAUGGAAGGGUUUGAAGAAAUCAAAUCCUUCCUAGCAGGCGAAGAGGACAAGGAUAGUGAUAUCAUCACUCCCUUCCCUUUGUUGACUGAAAAUGCUGUCGAGUCUUUAAGAUACAGAGCUGAGGAUGUUGCAAAGAGUGUUACAAAGAUUUCGAUUCGAGAAUCUCGUGCUCAGGAUUUGAGAAAUGAGAUAAUCAACUCCGAAAAGUUGAAGUCUCAUUUUGAAGCUAAUCCAAGAGACUUGGAUCUAUUGAAACAUGACAAGCUUCUUAGCAAGACUGCGCCUUCACCGCAUCUAAGAGACAUCCCUGAGUAUCUAGUUGACGCAAAGACUCAAGAAGCGAGCAAGAUGGUGAAACUAGCCAGAGCCGCUAUGGGAAACAGUAGGAGAUCCGGUGGAGGUAACAACACAAAGAAGAAACGAUCGAGAAAAGGCAGUGACCCACUCAAAACCUUCAGCGCCAACGGAUCCAAGAGAGGACGCGGUGGUGGCGGUGUUGGCCAGAAGAAAGAUGGUAAAGGAUCUAGCGAUGGCUCGGCUAACAAGAAACAGAAGACAGUUUAAGAUUAUCUCGUUUUUUUUGCUCAUGUGUAAUCAAAUUUUGACGCGUUGUGAUCAGACAAAAGAAAGCAGACAAAAACAACAAUCUUUAGCUCUAUUCUUGUACUUUUCAGAUAUAAUUUUUCAAAAGCUUA